AUGGAUGCGGAGCUAACAGGGAAGAAAGAGAGCGGGGAUGCGGACCAAGAUAGGUUCCGGCGACGCUCUAAAACAACUCCGCCAGCUUCAAAUCAAUUUGCUAUGUCUAAUUCGUUAGACAGCAGGGUUGGGAGCUUUGAAGAAGCAGACUCUGGCGAUAAAUCGUGCACGCCAACAACUGAUGAACUACAGCAAUCGGGCAAUAGACAACAAUAUGACGUGCCGGCCAGUUUCCGUUUUGUGUAUCUUGGAAGUUCGGUCCUUGACAAGCGCUACACUCAGCAUAUGCUACCGUGGGUCAUUGCUGAGAUCCGGCGGAAAAACGAGCGAAAUCAGAUUGAUUUAAAUGUCAAAGAGAUGACAGUAGAGGCAGUCGACUGCUCCGCAGCAAGUACUUUAUUUCAACAUAAGGUGCAGACCAUAACACGCUGCGCGCGUUCUGUGGACAAGAAGUGUUUUGCCUACCUGACUAAAAUACCCGAUGAUGUAUCUUCCUGUCACUGCUACGUGUUUGAAGCCGUCGAAAUAAGCUCGGUAAGGGUUAUCUUCUGUGAUUUCAUCAGCAGGUUGCUUUGCAGUGUCUCUGAUUUGAUAAGGCCCCUUACCUGUGUCUCUAAACCCGAAACUAUGAAUGCUCUCUGGUCAAUCAGUGAUUACACAAUUUAUUUGCAUCUAAAAAUAUACUCUUUUAGGUUUUGCAAAGAAUUGUGCUUCGUAGCGCUGAAUAAUUUGCGUGCUUUCUGAUGCAGUGUCCACUGGGGUCGUUUUCCUUUGAAAUCUCCUUUCUUUCAAACCUAAGCUUACUCCAGGCUAGUUUAUCCAACGAAACAUUUCCCUGUUUUUUUUAGGGGAAACCCGAUAUACCUCUCAACAGAUUUUAGCUCGUUGUAUUUAUUUUGGCGGAGAAAGGUUUCGAAGCUUGAGUUUUCAAUUCCUCUCAACGAUAAAAGGAGCCAUAUUUUUUAUCUUGAUGGCGCACAUGUUCAAGGUUGCUUUCAAACUGAUAUCCGAAUCGUAAUUUCUAGGAAAAAAAAAAACUUGGCGUACUUUUGAUAUCCACGAUGUUGGUAGGAUCUUUCAGGGUUGCAUUUUCAUUUGUAACGUUAAAUAAUUGUUGUUGUUAUUGUGAUCAUUUUUUAUGCCUGAGCAUGCCUCGUUAGUUAUUGUUCGAAAUAGUGUUUACGUCCAUUAAUUUCAUGGAAAUAUUUUUUUCUCUUUAUGAAUACCUAAUCAAGGUCCUUUAUUAGAUUCACUGAAAUUUUAAGCUUUGGGGUCCCUCCGGAUCAAAGGUUAUAAAGACUUCCUUCAUGGAUAAUUUCUUCUAAUGUUUGUUUUUCGCAUGUGACGGAGUGUUUGAAAAGUAGAACCUUUCACAAAAUGCUAUCACGUACAUUGUAUAACUUGUUUUGAAGUUCAAGGUAAUAUUAACAUGUUAAUAAUUGUUAUGCAAAACAGUUUUGUCACACAAUAUCUUGUUUCAUCGAAAUCAAUGUCACAGUGGAAUUAUUGGUCUUUUUUCAGGUUUAGCAUGAAAAACAGUGUAUUUUUAAAUAGAAUUCGGACUCUUAUCUUUCAGAUCUUUAAGAGAUCUUCAAAUUGUCCUGAAAGGAUUAAGUAGUCUAAAAAUAGAGCUCAUUGUUUGCCAAUAUAUUUAAAUGCCCUUUUGUAAAGAGAUUAGAAUUAAUACAUGAAAGUUAUUAUUUUUUUUAACUUUGAUAAAGAGUUAAAUAGUUUGUUUAAGAUAAUUUGUAUAGUAUUUUUCCAUGCACUCUGUAGCCAGAAGUUGAAAUGAACAUUAGCAUUGUCUGUUAUUAUGAAAUCAGUGCUGCCAUUAUACAGAUGUUGUAGGUGUUUUGACAAUAGAUUGUACCAGCUAAUGUAGCUGGUAGUAUUUUUUGAAAUAAAUCAGGAAAAAAUUUGUCACAAGGCACCUGUAUAAAGAGAAUGUUAAAUAUUCUGUGUACAUGUUUGUUAAAUUAAAUGCGCCAUGUCAGAUAACUUCAAUAGGUUACUUGGCAGUGGGCAUACCUGGUUAUGAAUGGUUAGCUGUAUUUAUUUAGAACUGCAAUUGAACAGUGAGUGGAAAUUUAAAGGUUUGAGUUCUGUUCAAGGAUGUAAAUUUAAAACAUAACCCGCAGAUGUAAACCUGCUCAAAAUAAAAACCCAAUAUUGUUCAUAUUUAUAUAUUAAUAGGAGUGGAUUUUGUUGGAAAAUGAUGCAAGUGAUCACUGUUUCAGAAUUGUCAAAAAGAAAGCGCAGUUUGGAAUUCUUGAGACAUCACUAUGAAAAAAUAUUUAAAAAAUUUAUACAAUUUUUUUGUAAAUUUUUCCUUUGCAAAUUCAGUACUAGCAGGAAGUUUUGAACAAGCAGUCCAGCUUUCUUCUUAAGUGUAAAUCUUUUAAAGCUGAAAUUUAGUGACAAGGAAGUUAUAGGUUUAGUUGAAGUGUCCAUUUGUGAAAGAACAAGAAUUAAUAUUAUCACUUUAAUAAAGCUUUAACUAUGAUUUAGUUUAGUUUUGGAAGGUCACUGAUAUUUGUCACUGAAAUUCUAAGCUUUGUUUGUCCUUUUUUCUCACAGAUUACUGGGUUUUUUCACAGUAUUCGUGAUGCUGCUAGGCAAGUAGCUGAGCAACCAGAAAGUAAUGUAACCACAGAUAAGGAAAAUUCAUCCAAUGAACCAGCUAAUCCCAACAGCAAUGGCAGUCCAACUAAUUCUACUGAAAUUACUGAGGCACAAGCAGUCAUUUUUCCACUGUGGUAUGUUGGCCGAGUUAUGGUAUCUCACAGACAAGCUCCCCCAAAUCUUGUAGACGAUUUGGUGGAUAGGUUUGAUAAAACAAAAGGAAUGACUGAGUUGGAAAAGCAGCUGAGUGUACAAAAAUCAGAGGAAAGAGAAGGGUUUUCUAAUACAGUCAGUGUUAAUGCCAGUGUUGAAAAUCAUUCUAAGGAACAUCCAGCAUUGAGUAAAGCAAAAAGCUUGGAUCAUGAGAGAAUACUUGGUGGAAAAAGCAGCUGUGAGGACAAGGCACCAGAGGGUAGCAAGCACCCACCUCUAAUUAAGAUGAACAGUUUGAAUGGAAGACCUCGCUCUGCCAGUGAUGGCGAUAAGACAAAGAACAGUUACCCUACCAGGAGUCAGGAUUCCCCUCAGAACCAACAUCACGCAAAAACACACUCAAGGAAAACUAGUUUCAGUGGUGUUGGGGAAAACAGAAACAUUCUUUUCAAAAUCAGCAUCCACUCAAUUGCAUGUCUCAGUGCAGCCUCUAGGGUACUGCUGAUGGAGAGAAGACUAAGAGAAGUUUCCUUUUGUCAACAGGUAGGUGAAAAUUGUGGUCAAGUAAUACUAAUAAUUGUUUGAAUUUUUUAGACCUUUUCCAUUGUUGAUGGUUUAAAAAAGAAACGUGUACCUUUUCUACUCUGUUACACUGCAACUAAGGUCCAGUUCCGACAUUGUACUUCUGCUGUGCCACACUUAAUUACAAUUUGGUUCAACUAUAGCACAGCAGAGGCAUGACUCUGAUUCAGACAUCAGGCUAAUGUUGUGUGAAAUUUAGCAUUUACUGAAACACCCUCAGUGCAUAGUCCAUAAAGGAGAGUUAUUCUUAUGACUCCUCGCAGCGACUUAAUUCAGCCAAAGUACAUUAGUAUAGUUUAUAAAUUUUGUUUGGCAUAGCAAGGGUACAAUGUCUGAAUCACUUUCAUGCUACAGUCAUGUAGCAUGGCAGAGCUUGUUGAACUUAAUUGCUUUGCAAACUCAAUUAAAAAGUUUGAUUCACAUGCCGGGCUUCUACUGUGCAUUUGUUGAACUUGAUUCCUGAGUCCAGUUUGACCCAAACUAACUCAUUUUUGGUGUAUGCAAUCUUCUAACCAUCCCAAGAAAUUAUUUGAAAAAAGCCCUUCAUUUUUGGUUAAUUCUUCACAUUUUGACAUCAAUCUGAAGUGGGGCCCUUUCUGUCCCACAGUCAAGCAUUUUGAAACCUCAGAUAGAAUUACAAAAGACAUUUACAUUUCAAAGAUUAUGACUACAUAGGGACUUCUGGAUAGACUAGUUUUGUUUGUGAGCCUUUGUUAACCUAGAAGCCAUGGAUUUAGAUUGACUGCUCACUUGUAAGUUUGAAUCUCCUUCAAUGACAUCAAUUGUAAAGUGGAACUUGUUUUCUGUAGCUUGAUCAUGGCUGAGAGAAGCAUGAAUUUUUGAAACUUUGCUAAGCCAUUUCUUAUGUUCUAUUUCAACUUAGGGAACAAAGUCACCAGAACAUUUUGGCUUUAUCUGCCAUGAGCUCAAAACCGGGCAGUAUUACUGUUACGUGUUCAAGGGGCGUUCUGAACAACUGGUAAGUUUCAUGGUGAAUGCGGUAACACAUCCCAUUUUGCUUAUAUAUUCAGGCUUAAUCAAACUUCCAUUUACUUUUUUUAGUGCAAAAUUACCUACCCUGUAACUAAUGCUUUUUAGUGCUCAGCAAGAAACUUGAAUUCAUAGCCAGUCAGAGGGAAACUGUCUAGGUUAUAUAGAGAACUACACUUUAUAUGUAAAGACCUUUAUAAAGUGCAUGCUAUCCCUUUGCUGUAAAUGUGUUCAGUAUCCUAUACCUCCUGAUAAAACACCAUUAUUAUUUGUAUUAAUAAAAAUUUUAUUGCAAUGUCAUGUUCAUUAUUACUAUGGGUGCUUUUAUUAGUAUCGUUAUUUGUUAUAAGCAAUGAAAUUCUCAGAGUGUUCUGUUUCAAAUUCUGACACAAUGUUUAGUUUGUAAGUGAUUAGUCAGUUAUUAUGUUGCAUUUGCCUAUUACUUUGGUUUGCAAGCCAUGAAGAUAUUUAUGUUAAUAAAAUAUAACCUGAAACAAUGUUUUAAGGUGGAUGAAGUAAUGCAAUCUUUAAGACAAGCAUUCAACAGUGCAUGGCAGGCAGCAGGUCCUACUUCAGUCUGUGAUAUGUGUCCUCUUCAUCAACUUCAUCAGUUGUGUGUUCAACUUGAAGGUGAGUUGGUGUGCCCAUCCUGACUACUUGGGAUUGCCAGCUUUGAUCACACAAGGAAAAGAAUUGCUCAGAGUGGGCUUCUUAACUUUGUAAUUUUAAGACAAUGCCAGCUUUGAAGUUGCAAAAAGCAGCAGAAGAUGAUCAAUAGUUUUGCUAAAAAACUAAAUAACAAAGUGAAAUAAGGGCCUGAAAGAAAUUUUAAUUCUAAUUUAAGUAAAAUCUUUUGCUAAAAUAAUGAAUCCUUAAUUGACCAGCUUGUUCAAUCAGGAUUGCUGGAUGUAAGCCUUGUUCUCUGUUUUUUUUUUUUUUUUUUUGCAUUUCUUUGGUCUUCAACUUCGUCUUGGCCCUUAAAAAUGCAAACAACAGAACUCUGCCAAAAUCCAGCCAUCUUGACAUCACACUUGGUCAUGAAAGCUUACAUCUAAAACAGGUCUCCUGGAAAACCCAGUACAGUCAGUUACUGUCAAAACCAAUAGUAAGCACAGGAGGCUGGAUCCUCUGUGGCUUUGAGUAAUUCUUUUGUGUGUUGUUUGUAGGGCGUGGUCCAAGAAAUCAAUAUGAUAUACUACAAAAACACAGAAUUAAUCUCAGUGAUGAUGAGAUGAGCCAAUUUACAGAACAGUUUAAGGUGAGUAUGUUUGGUCAUAAUAUACAACAGAGAUGGUAAACCAAUUUAAAACCAUACAGUGAAAUCAUUGCUCACAAGCUGUGAAAUGUUGUUGCCAGUAAAUUAAGUUGUAAUGGGUGGGUUGUACAUGUACCUCUGCAGAUUUUUUUUUCAGUUAUUAUUAUCAGGUUAUUUGAAGAGUGUAUAUAGCACAGUUUCUUUUGUAUUCUUUCAUAAAACGUUGCCUGUUUGUCACAAAUUACAUCUGUACACAGCCUGCUUCAUUGUCAACUGGAGUGAUUUGAGAUAAAAUGUCAUCCAAGUUUCUUAAUUCACAUUGUUUCCUCAAAAUCAUCGAGGAUGGUUUUGUAGACAUGACUAUUUUUGCUGAACAGUUUUCCUACCUCUUAGGCUGAAAGUCCAUCAACAAUGAAUGAGGAAAUUGAAGUGAUCAUGGCCAUAUUCAGAGCAAUGUAUGAAAAAAGGCAACUGCAGCACACACACAUUGGCCAGGUAACAGAAAAGCAAAAAACUGCUGACGAAAAUUCCUAAGUGCUACAUCAAACCAUUCAGUUAACUUGUUCAUGUCUGAAGCAGAUAUAGUCAUUGCCAAUGUUUACUUUGCUUUAUUCUUUUUUAGCUUCUCUUUGAUGUUCACCAAUGUUCACCAGUGUUUUUUUACUAAAUGUUGUUUACUUUUCUGUAUGUUUAACUUCUAAUAAGUUGUAUUGGAUUGAGGACCAACUCGCCGACGUCUCUACUCGAUUUUAUACGUCGGCGAGUUGGACCGUCGGUGAGUUGACCAUAAUUCGAUCAUCUCACAGCUGGAGCUUGGGCUGCCUGUUUGUCGAGUGGCUGGAGAAGGGAAAUUUGUGUUUGAAGGACGCUUUCACAGUAUCUGUCACGUGAGCUUCAAAUGAGUCGUAAACAAGGAAGCUCUUUCUCCUCUUGGGCCGCCUGUGCGUCGAGCGGCUGGAGAAGGGAAAUUUGCAUUUGAUGGAAGCUUUCACAGUAUCUGUCAUGUGAGCUUCAAAUGAGUCAUAAACAAGGAAGCUCUUUCUCCUCCCCAGGCCACCAAUCUGCGCACUUUUACUUUCUUUGUUGUUUCUAAACAAUAGAAUCCGUGUAUAAUAUGCACCGCGAUUUGAUGGUUAUUUUUAUAGAAAAAAAGUGCACAUUAUACACAGGUAAAUACGUUAAAUUUUAUCUUUGUAAUGUUUUUUCAGGGACAGCCAUACCAAAAGGACAAAGGGCCAGUAAGCCCUAAUUUGUUGCAAAAAGCCAAGAAGUCUCUAACUAGUUCUUUUGAAAGUUUCAUGAGUAAGAGGGUAAGAACAACACAUCUAAUAUUAUUUCUUAGGAGAAUGGUUAAUUUAACAUAUCAACAGUAGUUUAGCGUGGUUGGUACCAUUAUUGACUACGAUGUUUAUCAUCACAGUGGUCAAAAUGUUGUGGACCCACAAGGCGCCGCAGUGCGUGACCACAUGUUGACUCAAAGAGUAUUGUCUGUACUCUUAUCAACGAUGGCAAAUUGGCUGUUUAGAUUGCCACAUUGCCAAUUGUGGUCAAAUAAAUGUACACGAUUUACAGAAGAUACUAUGUAUGUCUUGAUAUUGUGGUCUGAUUGAUUGGAUAAGAAUUGAAUUGUUUAUUCAAGCUUAUUUGAUGAUGGUCAUUUGGUGUAAUUUCUUUAUGUGACAUUCUAGGCAAGAGCAAGGACAGUAAUGAGCGAGGAGUGUUCUGGAAUGGUAAGUGAGACCAAGUUAUUUCAACAUAAGAGUGAAGGUAUUUAAAGGAUACUAAAAGUAAAACUUAGUAGAGGGGGUUGGAAAAAUAUGUAGUUCUUGUAUGUUGAACUUGGUUAUUCCUGCCAGAAAGAAAUUUAACCCUUUACACCCCAACAUCAGUCUGCAUAUUCUCCAUACUGUUCUCUAUACAUUUCCUAAGGUGCUGACAAGGAGAAUCUGUUUAGCAAUCAAGAACUUCUUUAUAUGAACUUGGUGAUCAUUUCCUACAAUCAUGUGUCCUUAACCCUUUAAUUCCCAGAUCAAAUUUGUAAUUCUCCUUACUGUCAACCAUACAGUUCUUUCAAUGUUAGUUCAGAGAAUUUAGUAUGGGAUCAACUAAUUAUCCCCCAAUUGAUAUUUUUCUUUAUUCUCAUCACUCAUCUAGUUGACAUUGUGUUGAUAUUGUAAGGAGAAAUUAUCUCUUGGUCUCUUAUGGGAGUUCAAGAGUUAAUAUUGAUUCAGGGGUGAUAUUGUAAGGAGAAUUUAGAUGCUAGUCACUCUUAGAGGUCAAAGAGUUAAAUGAACUUGAUUUAAUUAUUAUUAUUUUUUUUAAUUGAUAGGAAAGAUGUGAGCCAACCAAACAAUCACCUGGUCUGCAAAGGAAAAGAAGUAUGACUCUGGACAGCACCCCUUCAAACUAUAACAUCACUACUCCUCCUAUGUCCCCAUUAAAAGAACUAUCUGGAAAGAAGGAGGAGGUGUUUACAAGUACGCCGCGCAAGCUGAUAAGACAAACAGCAACAGGAGAAACCAGUCCAACCACAACCACCCCACCUAACACGCCUACCAAAACACCUGGGCGCCACAGGCGUCUGAGCAAAACGAACUCAUAUGGAUAUAGACAGGUUUGUGUUGUGCGUAGUAUACAGGGUUUUAUUUACCCUUUAACUCCCAGAUCAAAUUUUUUAAUUCUCCUUACUGUCAACCAUACAAUUCUUAUAAUGUUGGUUCAGAGAAUUUGGUAUUGAAUCAACUAAUUAUUCCCAAAUUGAUAUUUUUCUUUAUUCUCAUAACUUAUCUGGUUGAUAUUGCAUUGAUAUGGUAAGGAGUGCAUUGAAGUGCAAAAUCCACAAGUUUAGUGUUCAUUUCCUCCAAGGGAACUCAGAUGUGUCAUUUUUCCAGGCCCAUGGGAAAACAGAUAACACAUUUCUCUCUUCCUUGGACAAGCUAGCACAAAAUUUACCUUUUGAAAGUUUUCACCUUUUUUAUCUCUAAAAAGCUGGGUAUGAUUCAUGGACUGAGCCACAAAUAUUUUGAAUAUUUUUGUUGCAGACCAUAUUUCAUAGUGUAGUCACACCAUCAAAGAAAGAAUCCACCUCAGGUAAAUUCAAAAUAAUAAGAAUUGCAUCUGACAUUAUGAUAUAACCCUAGAGGACAAAACCUUAUGAUGGGCCGAAAGUUUCACUUUUAGAAGUAAGAGAUAUUGAUUGGACCUACAUAUUUUUUUAAAUAUUAGAAAUUUGUCCAGCUUGUAAAGUUAUCCUCUAAGUUAACAACUAGGUGUACGUUGUAACAACAAGUUGCUUGAAUGUAUACUUUCAGCAGACCCAGAGUUAGGCAUCCCCCAGAGUGCAUCAUGGGCAGAAAUGGUUGGUCGCAAGAAAUCGUCUCAGGAGCUGAGAGCUCUGUGGCGGAAAGCUAUCAUGGAACAGAUUUUACUCAUCAGAAUGGAGAGAGAAAAUAACAGUUUACAGGGUAUGUAAUAUUUUAGUUGAUAGUCUUGUUUUCAGGCAACUUAAUUGCUUCACCCAGCUUUAUUUACGUUUUAAUUUUUUUCCUGCCAAGUAUUGUAUAAAGCCUCUUUCCUACCUUCUGCUGCCUAUAAGCUCUGUCAGAGUCGGCAUUGUACUCCACUCAGCUCUUCUUUCUAGCCCUUUCUUUCCUCAGCUGUCCUUGUAAACGUCCUCUUAGGUCCAUUCUGUCUCCAGCGCCCUACUGGUGUCCCUGUUGAUACAGUCCUAUAGUUGUCGUGAAGCUCUUUCCUCAAAAUUUGGACGGCAAAUGUUCAAUUGCAUUUCAAUUUGAUUCUCUCUAUUUUUUUACAUCCAUGUUUUUCUUCGCAACUGUUGACAACUUUUUGAAUUUACACAACACAGAGACAAUUUCCCAACAGUGGAUUUGGAUCAAUUAUUGUUAAUCUAGCGCCUUUUAGAAUCAGGAUUAUAAGCGGUUUGAUAAUUUUCGGUUUGAAAUCAUCUCUCUUACAUAGUAUUUGAAACUUGUAACUGUUUUUUUUUCUUCCAGUUAAUCAGAAUGUCAUAGAAGCCAAUAUGCUGAAGCUUUCAUACAAUGAAGUUCCACCGUGUUCUGAUGCAGCAGCUGCAACUUGGAACAAAAUUCUUGAGAAUGGAGAUGAAGCAGUUGACUUGAAGACUCUGACAGAAGCUGUCAAAGCUGGUAGGUAGACUCCAAGGCCUUUCAAUGCGCGUUAAGUGCGGACUGUGGACUGUCGAUUUUGAAUCUAAAUCUGAAAGGUACAAAUCUCACUUCAGUCACACCCACAUUUAAGAUAAAGUAAAAUUCCACACGAGACCCUCAUACAAUGAAGGAUAAUUUCCACUUAAAUCAGUUAUCAGAGAUAUAACAGGGUAAUUUAGUGUUAUCAACAGAGUUGACAAGGUAAAUUGCCACCGUAAAGAGUUUAAAGGCUAAUGCUCGAAACAUCAGCCUAUAAACUCGAUCUUUACGGUGGCUAAUUUACGUUUUCAACUCAGUUGAUAACAUUUUAUUACCCUGUUAUACUCUCCCACCGACGUAGCACCACAGUUUCUUAAUAAACUUACUCCAUUGUCAGAGAUGUAUUUCUUAUGUAAUAAUUUCGUAUACAAAGGUGUACCCAAAGCCAAAAGAGGCGAGAUAUGGGUGUUUCUUGCCAAGCAGCACGACUUGCAUUCACCACCUGAAAAGGAACAGCAAUGGAUGGAGAAAACUUACCAUGACAUCAAGGAAGGCUCUACGUGUCACCAGCACUCCAUCUUCAUUGACCUAGGUAAGUUUGCUGUAUAACUACUGAUCCAUUGCCACUCUUUUUGGGCGGAGAGGAGCUGAGCGAGCUGAAGGCCUUGUUAUCUUCUCCUUUGACUUUGCCUUAUUUUCCUUCACAGGUCGCACAUUUCCCAAUCAUCCAUACUUUGCUCCUCCGUUGGGGCAUGGCCAGUUGUGUUUGUUCAACAUCCUGAAGGCGUAUUCCAUUCUAGACGAAGAAGUCGGCUACUGUCAGGGACUCAGUUUUGUGGCUGGCAUUCUGCUGAUGCAUAUGAAAGAGGAGGAUGCUUACGACAUACUUCGAUUCAUGAUGUACACACUUGGUGUCCGUAAGCAAUACAAACCUGACAUGCAAGAUUUACAGGUAAAUUCACGCAGCUGGACUGUUUUACAAACUGACUUGCAUUGCUGUCUGAUCUUAUUUUUGCGUUCGUAUUAUAUUAUAAGUCGACUUGGUUUAUUGCCAAUCUUUUAUUAUUAUUAUUAUUAUUAUUAUUAUUAUUAUUAUUAUUACUAUUAUUAUUAUCAUCAGCAGCUGGUUAAGAUUCCUCUUCUGAAAAGUUUCACUGAUGUACGUUAAGUUUAGAGCCAUCUUUUAUUUGAUAACUUAAGCAGGCUCUGAACCGUGGGAACUAAUUUUUGUGAAAUUUAGUGGGACGAUAAAUCUUUAUUUUCUCAGUGUAUUUCAGUUACACCGGGGUCUGUGAGCUCGUGAACUCGUGAACUUACAGACACAAAGUUAGAAUUAAGAGCGUUUUAAGGGGGGCAGUUAUUUUCAUGGUAACCUUAUGUGUUAGAAACUAAUGCCAACCAUUUCGAAGGAAACAAACGAAAUGUGUAGAAGCUGUCAUCCAUCAAAGAUGUGUUUUUAUGAAAUAACAAAACGACCUGUUGUGAAGUGUUUUCAUCUGUCUCGCGAUGAAAUCUCUUCGGAUGUGGUUCGCGACGUCUCGACUACAAACUGUGAGUCUUCAUGAGGAGAUAAGAUGAACUGGAUACGAACCACCUUAUGAACCAUUGUGCUCAGCUGUAAUUGGCUGAUGUUCAACAGCUGUGAUUGAUGCAUUCUGUUUUUCACACUGGAAGUUACUUCCUCGUGAAACGGACGAUUAUACUUCAUUUAAGUGUAUUUACUGCGACGAAUAACCGCAACCUUUUUCACGAUUAUAAAACCAUUCUGAGACAAUGCUAGAUUAUGGAACGCUCCUCACCUGAAGAACAGCGUGUAUUUGUCAUUGUUUCUUCAGCCCAACACUUUUUUUUCCACUCUUUCUUUCAGACUCAAUUUUACAUGUUGUCACGCCUCCUACACGAUUACUACAAACCUGUGUACGAGUUUCUACUGGAGCUGGAGAUCACGCCUACUCUUUACGCAGCCCCGUGGUUCCUUACGCUCUUCGCAUCUCACUUCCCAGUAGGCUUUGUGGCACGAGUGCUGGGUGAGUUGUGGUCUUUACAAACUAAUCGAUGAAGGUUAUGGUUAGAUUUUCCCUCGAGGGAUUUUUGUGGAAGAAAUUCAAAAUCCCGUCGUAAAAGUUACUUAAAAAGCGAGGUUUAAAGUAAGAUGCGAUGUCAACUUAGACCAUUUUUCCCAGUAUACCAUGAAUUCCAUUUUGAUGUCCGUAAGAAAUCCUUUGUUGUCUUGAGUUAGUGUCACCAUACAGAGUUUUCUCCAGUCGAUUCAAAUUUUCCAUCCUUUAGAAGCAAGAAACUACUUUUUAUCAACGUGUUUUUUGUAAGUUGUUGCUGUUGUUAAUUUUUAGAUAUGAUGUUUCUUCAAGGCAUGGAGGUGGUAUUCAAGGUGAGCUUGUCUAAGCGCCUGUGCUGUCGUUCGACUGAGAUCCUACCACAGUAUUUAAGUAACUUACUACAGCCUCCCAUCCAUCUGUAGGCGUUUAAUUUUGAGUUCGGAGUGAGUUUUCAGUGAAAGCUACUUUUGUCAUGAUUAGCUCGAGGGAUCCGACAGACGCACGCAGACCUUCAAAACCUGUCUUUAUUGUUCUCCCUGAUCACAACUGAUUACACAACCUCUUUAACUCACGCUUAGAGUAUUAAAGCUAAUAUUAUAAGUAGUCACAAAGCAUACUAAAAAGCUCUCAGAUCUUGACAAAUCCGCUCAGAGUUCAUUCGGUCACGCAAGUGUCAUCUAAUCACUUAAGAUGUCUAGACUUCUUUUUCCUUAUAAAAUUUAUGGGAUUUGAGAUCACUACCCCGCCCAACCAGUAUAUACCUUUUCAUAAUAGGAGUCAUGAGCCCGAAACGUAGUUCUAUAAACCGCAAAUCGCGUUCUCAGACUGACCAACAUUUGUGACUUUCACCAGGUGAUCCUGUUGCUGCUCGGGUCUUGUCAGGUAGAGUUAUUGGAGAGUGAUGGUUUAGAGGGUGCUGUGGAAGUGAUGAAGACUUCACUGGCGCCUUUUGCUGAACAAAACGUCGAGUGGUUGGUCAGUCAAGUGCUCUCGUUUGAUAUCAGUAAAGAUCUGGAGUCUUACGAGGUGAGUUGCUUCUCGUAACUGCUAGUAGAGGGAAACACUAGGUACGACUAGGAUUACUUCCCCCCCAGCCCCCAGCCCCCCGAGAUGAGAUGGUACACCAUUGCUGGUUAGCACCUUUCAUUCGUUCCAGUUCCUUUGAUGCUUCGCGGAAACCCAUUCAUACUUUUGAGUGGAGAGGAGCACAUCAAUAUUUAGAUUCUCCAUACUGCUCCUGAUAAAUUUCCAAUGGCACUGACAAGGAGAACGUGUUUGGCAAUCACUGGCUUCUUUGGGUUGCCUUCCAUAGAUGCCUGCUCGCCUAAAAGCAGCGUUUCUUUUUAUUUGCUUUAUUUACGUCAUUGAAUUGUUGUAAAUUGGUUUCAUUAAUAGUUGUUAGAGUGAAUUGGCCACCCUAAAAGAUUGUAAAGCUGAGGUUUCUAGCGUAACCUUCGUUUUAAUAAGAGAUUUUGUUUGAUUAAUUUCCCUUUAGGUUGAGUACUGUGUUCUCAAAGAGGAGGAUCUAAGCGUUGCGUCAUUUGAGGACAUUGAAAGUGAAAGGGUGGAAUCCUUGGAGGCAGAACUCACCAUCAAAACAAAACAGAUUCAAAUACUGUCUGAGCAACUCACUUGUGCGCGGAAUACAGUUCAUAGCCUCGAGAGCACAAUUAACACGAUGCAGAUUAAUCAGGGUGAACUCAAGGGCAUCAUCAGAUCCCUGCGAGCGGAGAACGAAAGCUUGACUAGAAACUUUGAAAAACUGAAAGCGCAGGUGCUUUCCAACGGUGAUUUGGCUCCAGGGGUAGAAACCGCCGAUCCUGCGGAAGAUCAAGCGUUAACGAUCGCAGGCGAUUCAUCUGAAGGCAGUACCAUCAAGCCGACGAAUUCUACCGAGACGAACGCGAGUUCUAACGAAGAGAACACGGACAGUUUCGAGCACAUCGGCAGUGGUAAUGAUCUAACGGACGACGAAGCUGAUUCCGACGAGUUUAUGGAAGGAAAGCGUGGGUGUGGCAAUGGAAGCCCCCCUCUAAGCGAUAAGUGUGAAGACCUUGUCGUUAGUAGAUAAGUUUUCACAGCAUUUUUUUUCUAACGGACGAUAGAAUGGCUCACAUAGGUGUAUUUCGGAAAAACUAACUCCAAUCUGUCCUAGCAGAAAUCAUACUUGAUUUGCAUGACUCUGUGUGGGUUUUCACUGACCGUAAGAAAUCAAUCGACGGGGUUUACUCGACGUAGUGAGUUUACCUUGAACCAGGAAAAACGGGGAUGAGAAACAAGUCUUGCAGCAUGUGGUUUUGCUUCUUACGGUCCGGUCUAAACCCACUUCAUUUUUGUCACAAUAGUUCCGUAACAAUAGUAACUUGUUGGUGUGCUUUAGUAAAGUCAAUCUCUCUCUUUUGUGGGGGUGGGGUAAGUAAGGGGUAAAUUGUCUCGAAAACUGGGCGUUAGUUUCAUUGUGUCAAAUAAGAAGAAUGGUAGACGCGAAAAAUUAGCCCUGUUUGCGUGAGUUUAGGCAAUGGUCAGAGAGAGUUCUCUCGCUUUGUUUUCGUGUAGGUAGUUGGUGUUCAAAGUAUUUCACAGACGCGUAUCAAAACUAGUUUCAACACAUCAAUUGUCACGGAAAAAUAGUCGCAACAAACGUCCGUACGUAGACUGGGGUAAAACGUCUAGGAUUGUUUUGGUUUUGUUUUGCUUUGGCUCACCCCGCGAUUGGUGUAGAGAACCCGCGUCAUCCACUCGACCAAUCAGAGGCAAAACUGAAAACGAUAGCGCCUCAGCCACCUGCGUUCUCCCUCCCUUUAGACAGUUUACUUCUUGUUACUUUGAAUUCAGAUUGGUUCCUUUAGAUAUAUUCCUCUGCCUUGAUUAGUCAUUGAAAUUACUUUGUCUUUGGUUUACGACGCACGGUGGAAAUUUCGCGCUCUAACAGCGAUAGUACGCUGUCUGUCCUAUUACCAUUUCUUCGUUAGUAAGGGAAGUGUAGUGAAUAUUCCUGUCUACUGACUCCAUACAUUCUUAUGCACCAUGGACUUAUUUCGUUGUGUUUCAUAUUUGUGGGAUUAAUUUAACGUGGGGGUAGUAAAAUUAAUGAAUAUUUUUUGAAUGUUUUAAUCAGGACUGAUUGAAUCUCGUCGGCACUAAGCAAAACAAGAUGUAAACAUAUCUUUUCGGAAAGUAAUAGCGAAAACAACUCCGACUUACGAGUUAAGUUAGCCAGAAAAAAGAUUAAGAAUUAACAGUAUCUCAGUUUAGGCGAACAUCAAACAGGAAACAGCCGGAGCUGUAGUAGUAAUUAUUUUGCUUGAAUUUUCAAUUUUGUGAUCUAGCAGGCCUUCUUCGCGAGCACUUUUUUUAGUCUGUCGCACAAUUUAUAGCUUGUGGAGCUGUUUUUCUGGAAAGGAAGGGUUCCUUGACGAGAGAAGUAGAUCUUGAGCGCGCAGAAGGACAACCUUGAUCAGUUCAUAAAAAUGCCUGUUACAUAGUUUGAUAUAAAAGAAGUAUCGAAUGCAAAGUGAAUAAUGAUAUUAAUGAUAUAGAAUUAAUUUGUUAUGUUUAUGAAAUUGAAAACAGACGCCAAAAAAAUAGUUUAUACAUUCCACCUUUUUCUUUUGUACAAAGACUAACGCGGUAUCCUUUAUGAAUUUUUGUUUGGAAAUUUGCAAUUGUUUCAUCAUGAAGUUGAAUGAUUCAGUUGCAAAUUUCGGAAAAUUUAUGAUAAGUUGUGAAAUAUGUUAAGUUUGUGCCAUGUUGGUAACAAUCAAAGUUGCUCCCUUUUCGUCACACAAGCGUGCUAAUCAUUCGCCAUCUGUUUCUCCUAAUUCGAAUUUGGAAUUUAGCCACAGUUUGCGAAUGGAAUUCGAUAAAAUUGUUGUUGUGCAUACGGUCAGUAGACAACAAAAACGGAGUACACCAUGAGUAUGCAGUGAAAAACUAAUUUUUAACUGGUUAAUUAUUUUUACUCUUUCCUCAACAAUUUCUUUCACAAGACUAGCUUUGUUCGCAGACACCUUCCAACCACUGUUUGCGACUCAGAAUUGAAUGAAAUUUUGACAGGAAAUCCUGUAGCGACUUUAAUUCUGGUACAUUAUCUCCCACUUCAUUCUACAGUUGGUGGAAGAUAGCAGCAGCAACUUUUGCUACCAGCAUUGACAACGUAAAAACAUACGAAUGAAAUCAAAACAAAAUAAUUCCUGACGUAAUUUUAUUUUUCAAAUGAUGACAACUUUUUAUUUGACUAAAAUUCUUUUGAAUUCAGAUGUGACAUAAGUUAAAUUUUCUGGGAUGCUCCGUAAUAUUAUAACUGUUAAAAUAAAGUGA